AAUUGAACCAGAGAAGAAAUAAAUUAGAGGAGAAAGAAACGACAUUCUAUCAUAAAUAUCACAGCUAACACUCAUAGAUUGUGUAAUUCAUUAAAUAUUCAAACAUUGGAUAAUGCCGAAUACAGUGGUAACUAUGGUGAUGAUCAACAGUAAAUAAGUUGACAUACUGCCAGAAGUAAUAAGACCACUGAAACGAUUUUAUCGAAGAGUGAGGAAAGAAUUUAUAUUUACAUCUAAGAAGUCAAAAUAGGAGAACAGAUUGACAUUUAAAAUGUCGUCACAUGCUGUUUGUGCCUCACCACAAAAAAGUUGGAUGCGAAUAGCCAUGAAAUAUCCUUUUCCAAGACCACAGAAAUUAACCACAUCUAAAAAGUCAAAAACUGAAAAGAUAAAAGCAACAAAUUGCAAAUCACUUAAGAAUUUAAAAAACAGUAAAUAUAAUUUAGGUCUGAAACCUGGAAAACAAGAACUUGUAGUUAAACAAUACAAGUGUAAGGUUAAAAGAUGUAAACACCGAUUUUCGAAGAAGUCCGAUUUAGAAAUACACCUUAACACUCAUAACAGAAUAAAAACAUUAACCUGCAACUUUUGUAACAAAGAAUUCUUAAAUCAGAAAAUAUUCCAAAGACAUGAGCUCAAAUGUAAAAUAACUAGGAAGGAAAAAAAGAAAAUUGGUAAACACCUAUGUAAAGAAUGUGGAGAAAGUUUUUACCAGCGUGGAACAUUUGAAAUUCACCAGAGAUCUCACUUCAAUGUCAAGCCGUACAUGUGUGUUAUAUGUGGUAGAAAGUUUAUUUUGAAAUUGGCAAUGUAUAGACACAUUACCGGGCAUAUUUCACUGUUUGAAUGUCAGACGUGCAAAAGUGUUUUCGAUACUCCAUUAAAACUUGAGAAACACACAUUUACUCACAUGGAUGAUUUAGCUGUUUACAAAUGUCUGUAUUGUACCAGGAUUUUGAUAGAUCAAGAAAAAUUUGAAAAACAUUUGAAAUUUCAUGUCCGACACGUUAAUGCAAAACAGAAACGAAGGGAAUCAGUAUUUCUGAAAAAUUUACAAAAGUUAAGGAAAUUAACAAAGAAAGCUAAUAAUAGUGUUAGGAAAGUUGUGAAAAAGGAGAAAUUUGAUAAUUUUACUGAGAGUUUUCACAUACAUACUGAUAAUUCCAUAGAAUAUGUUGACGCUGCCUCUAAUGGGUCAAAUAAAGGUUGCAUUGCAACAAAAAAGAUACAACAAACAUCAAGUUUAACUGAAAAUUCAAAAAUGGUAGAAGAUAUGCCUAGCAUUACAAAAUUAGAUUGCGUUCUUUGCCAACUGUCAUUUCAAACUGUUUCAUCCUUUAUGCAGCAUGUUAGUUCACACGAAAAUUAUAAAAAGGAAUAUCAGAUUCGAGAACCAAACAUUGAUGUCUUAAAUAGCAACAAAACCAUUUAUGUCUGCCGAUGUUGCGACAGGAAAUUUGCAAAUCAUAAAUUUGCAAAAGAGCAUAUAUCACUCUUAUUGAAAAAUCCAGAUAAAAUCCAUGAACAGCUGAAAAAUGAGCAGAUCCUUGAUUUUGAUGAGAACAAAUAUAUUUUCUCUGUUUCGAUUGGAAAUCUCAAAAGCAUAGCAGAAGAUUCGACAGUAAACAAAGCCAUUAUUUAUCAUUGUGCAAAGUGCAGUACAAACUUUCAGAGUAAGUCAAGUCUGUUCAGUCAUGUGAAAAUUUGUAAAAAAGUAGAGCCCAAAUAUUGGUGCCCAAACUGCAAUAUGAAUUUUGAAACUAAUGGUCUUUUGAAAGAACAUAUACAAAUGGGCCACAAAAAAUUGUACACAGAUCCCAUGCUUGAUUUGGUUAUUGUUACAACAGAGAAAACUGUAGAAAAUGUAGAUCAGGACUUUUCAUUUGAAUGUAAAAAAUGUGGUAUAGUUUGUAAUUCCGUUCAAGAAUAUGCAACACACCGUGAGACGACACACAAUAGUAUUGGCCCAGAAAUGUCUGAAGAGUCUGAAUUUGUAUGUGCUCAUUGUUUCUUAGCAUUUGAAUCUCAGGCAUUGCUGUAUAGACAUCUACAAUCUCAUAGAGAAAAUCUCAGAACGCCGAGUAAAACUUUGAGUUAUAGCGACAAAAUGUGUCACAAUAAGUCAGCCGGAUUAUGGUUUUGUACAGUGUGUAACAAGUCAUACUCAACAAAAUGUAACUUGACCAGGCAUAUUACCCUUCAUGAUAAUGAUGAGAAGGGCAGUCAUGUGUGUCCAUUUUGUAGUCGUGUCUUUCCGUUCCAGAGAUAUUUACAACAUCACGUAAUGUAUAUGCAUAAGGUUAAAAAAGACGAUAAAAAAAACAAGUGCGAGGAAUGUGCUGGAAAGUUUACCAGCUCGUCCAGUCUUACACGUCAUAAACUUUUACACACUAGAGGUGCAGAUUCAAGAAAAAUUUACCAGUGUGAAUAUUGUAAUAAGAAGCUGAAUUGUGACGAUCAACUGAAACUACAUAGGAGGACCCAUACUGGUGAAAAACCAUUUGGUUGUGACAAGUGUUCAUAUAGAGCUGCAGCAUAUUGCAAUCUUCAAAAACAUGUCAAAAGAAUUCAUGAAAAUCCAAUUCCAAACAGACGUGGUCCAAAAAGUAAUAAACCAAAACCCAUGGUUGUUGGAACACUUGAUAAGCUGCCUCAAGAGGUUCAAGAAGGAAAAACUUCAGCAUGAUCAGAGGAAAUACAAUUCUGAAAUCAUCACAUCUGACAAUUGUCUGAAGAACAAUUAAUUAUAUGGGUUUUUAAAUAGUAGAUGUAAUAGCCUGUUCUACCUGGCUUCACUUCUUUUCUAAAGACUCUUUUUGAAAAAGAUUUUUAAAUUUCCCCUGUUUCUUUAAUAGCACAGGAAAAACUUUUUUUCUGUACUUAAAUCUAGAAGAAACUAUAAUUCCAAUAGAAAAGCAAUAGCUCAUAUUUCAAAGUCCCUCUGGUUCCUGUUGAAUGAGAUUUGAAACAGUUCAUAUAAGGAAUUCAAUGAAACAAUAGGCUGCAAUUUACUUUUUAUAGUCUGCAUGGUCCCUCGUCAACAUUUUCGGUAUUUAAACUUGCGAUAACUUUGAUAUGAAAAGAAAAACUUAUAUUUAUUAAAAUUUACCAUGCUCUGAUAACACAACAACAAAUGCAAAAGGUGAUUAUUAAACUGCAUCACUCUUUGAUAACUUUUAGUAAAAAGGUUCAUUCAUAAUAGAUAGUUGAUAUUAUAUAUAUGUAUAUAUAUAUAUAUGCCAUACAAAAUGUACAAAGUUGAAAUCUUAAUGAUGUAAAUUAGAAUGUGAAUUCAUGAACAUAUAGAUCUCAAAAUAUGAAAUCUCUGAAAAUUGAAACAAAUGUCGCAUAUAUAUCCAUGUAUCCAAAGAAAGGGAAGCUGCUUAACCUCAUGACAUUGUUUUCUAUUCUAGAAUUAUAUUUGUUAUACAUGUAAUUUUUUGUUAAUGUAUAUAUAACUUAAAAUGUGAUAAAUGUUAUGCUGAGUGACUAAUACAUCAUAAUACAACAUGAUUUGUUUAUGGGAAUACAAUCAUUU